AUGGAACAUAGAUUUUCUACAUAUGAAACUAUUGGUGCAAAAGCAUGCCCUGUUUACAUUAAAUUGAAAUUUCAACAAGUUAAGAGAAGACAAGAAACUUUAGAAAUACAAAAACAAAAACGUGAUCAACAAAUUAGCGAAAGAAGAAAUAUUAAAAACGAUGCUGAUAAUACUUUUAUGGAAAUUGAUGAAAGAAAAAAUGAAACUGUGGUGCCAAGUAAUGAAGCAUAUGAACUUGCAACAUCUAUGAUGUAUUCAGAAUGGAUGCUUGAAGUACCUGAAGACAUUGAUAGUUGGAUCGCAGUGUUAUGUCCGGAAGGAAAAAGAUGUUGUGUUAUUGCUCAAGAUAACAAAACAAAAACAGUUAACAAAUUUGGAACUACACUCAAUUAUUAUUCAUCAUUAUUUCCUUAUGGAUGCCGUGCAUCAUAUAAUUGUCCAUCUCAUCGUAAACGUACUGUUUUAGACUGUGUGUAUAGUUUCAAGUUUAAAAAAUAUUACAUUUUGGACAUCAUUGAGUGGAUGGGUGUGCCAUAUACAGAUUUUGAUGCUGAAUUCAGAUUUUACUUUAUACAGAGUAAACUUAGUGAAAUACCAGGUAUCAAUGAAAAAUCGGCAACAAAUUUUUAUCCAUUUGAACUGGCCCCACGAAUGGUUACUAGAGACUUGUAUCAGCACAUUUUUGAAAAAAGUCAAUUUUUCCACGAUAAUAUUGAUUUAGACGGUAUUAACUUUUACUAUCCAGAAAGUUUGUACACCCCGGGUGAAUCGCCAUUAGUACUUUGGCUGAAACCGUUCAUGAUACCUGAUGUAUUACAAAAACCUGUGAAUGAUCAUUUAGUACAAUUAAAUAGACCGCCCGAUUAUGUUAACAUAUUCGAGUACAGUCAAAGUUUGAAAAAGAAAAAUAAAAAGUUUAAGAAGAAAAAGAAUAUUACUUCUAAUUGUGAUAAAAUGGAAGUAGAAAAUUUAGUUGAGGUAGAAAUGGACAAAGAUCCUAUUAUUGAUAAUGCAAUUUGUAUGGAAAACUAA